CUGUAAAGAAAACAAUGCACUUUCCUUUAAUUGUUAAGAGUUAAGGGCUUUUAUUUUAACAUGCGGAAGUUGCCCGGUUACGUUGUUCAUGUUUUUGUCGUUCGCUACAAUGCAGAGAUAAAUACAAAAAGCUUUUCACUGUUGACAAUAAAUAACUAGAUUACUAAUAUGUUCCGGUUCUCGCGAUGCUGAAGAUACACCAUAAUAUAUUCCCCAGCAUUUCGCCAGUAUCAUAUAAAAAAGAGUUAAAUCGAGAAAGUAUGAGGAUGCACCUCCCGAAAGGAGCAUGUCACUGAUCCUGUUUGCCUUUGUGGUUCGGGUCAGGGAUGGGCUUCCUCUUACUGCGUCCACAGACUUCCAGCACAGUAAAGAGCUACAGGAAAGGAAGCAGCAGCUGAAAGUCUUUUCAAAGUCACUGAACACAUUCCCAGAGAGAGGGACCAUCAAGGGCCAUGAGCUCCAUAUUCACUUCUUCUUAUCUGAGGGUGUGGCCUACUGGACCGUGUGUGCAUGCAGCCUGCCGUCUGCCAUUGCCUUCUGCUUCCUGGAAGACCUCCGCUGGGAAUUCACAGCAAGCUUCGACAACUCAGUGGUCACUUUGGCAACCCGGCCAUACCCGUUCCUGGAGUUUGACAGUGUCAUUCAAAAACUGCAACAGCAGUACAACCAGAGCGGGGGUCCAUCUCUGGGGGUCACCCUGGCUGAGGUGCAGGAGGAGCUGAAGCUGAACCCUCCGCAAGUCCUUACCAUGGAAGAUGUGCAGCUCACCAACGGAUCUGCCAACGGUCACGCCAAGUUGGCAGCUGCAUCAGGUCAGAGUCAAAGGCUGGAGCCAGUCUCAGCUCCUGGUAUCCUUUCCCUGGUUCUCAAUAUCAUGUGUGCUGCCCUCAAUCUCAUCCGGGGCGUUCACCUCAUUGAGUACACCUUCCAGGAUGAUUAUGAUGGAUUGUGGAAUGUUAUGGCAUUUCUUUUGGCUUUUGUAUGCUGUAUUUGCCAGGAACGCCUGGCAGCUGGCCUUCCACGUGUCCGUGGCCUGCCUCUCCACACUACUCUGCCUUCAGCGCAGGCUGCUAGAGAGGUCCCUGGACUGCGGCGUGUGAGUCUCCCCCAGAGCAACUUCUGGAACAGACGCAAGCAGGGAGUGAUUUAUUGUGUCCCCAGCUCUGAGGCUGAAGGACUGCAGUCAACGUCCCUGCUCAGACAGACCUCAUAUUCAACUCAUCAGAUAACUACCAGGGUUAGUAGGAAUGUCAGGAUCGGAAAAUCUCCCAACUGUGCUGCAUUCUGGCCCUCUGAGACCACAGCUGGGCCCCGCAGAAUUAGGCUGACAUUUUAAAAGUUGACAUCCUUUCUGUGCUCACUCUAAGGCAGACACAGAGCCUGUCCUCCAGUAACACAUGUAGUACUUCAGAAGUGCUCCAUUGCUUGUCUUUAAAUAGUUUAAUCCAUGGAACUGCCAUGGUGAAACACUAUUUGUUUUCUCUGAAAGGUUUGUACCAAAAAUAUAGCCAGAUGAUGCUUGUGGGAUUCAUUCAUAUUUAAUAAUGAAUACAUUUAUUCAGUAACACUUGAUCACACACACAGAACCAUAUUUUUAUUCAGUGUUGAAAAUAUUUAAAGAUUCAAUCAGCUUCAAGUUUUGCUAUAAUGUAGGACUAUGUUUAUUCAGCCUAUUUGCUCAAAUGUUCUCAGAUUUUACAGUUUGUAUGUAUGGGUAUGGCUGUGACUCACAUGUCAAGGUUUUUUCUUAUAGAUCUGUGGGUAUUAAACAAGUUCAUAAGCUAUGCUGACCAAAUGAAUGACAUUUAUGAUAGUUGCCAUAAGUGUAAUGAAAUAUCAGAUUUUGCUAUGAGAUAGAAUAGGAUCUUUACAGUUGCUUCAUACGCAAAGGUUUGUUUAAGUAUUGUAUCAAGCACUAUUUUAUCAUGAUUUGUGAAUUAAAUGAUUUGUGAAAAAACUGGUCUUUAUUUUGCUUUAGAGGAUGAAAAAACAACAGAGGACAGUCAAAAACUGAAGUAAACAAGCUUUUGUAAAUAAUGUAACUAAAAUUGUAAUCUUUUUUCUAUGUAAAGUGUGAAUUUUUAAAUUAUUACAUUUUUUAAUUAUUAAAAGUGCAGUAAGUUGUGUUCACUGUACAUCUUGUAAAUCAGGGAUAUUGACUGUUCAAUACUGUUUAGCUUCGGUAAUUUGAACACAACAAUUGUUUAAUAAAAAAAAUCCAUUUAAUUAUACAGAGUUGGUUAAAUGUAAAAAUUGCUGUAAUGACAAUUUGAGGUCCAACUCAGAGGACUGAUUCGUCUAAGUAAAAACAUGUACCGACUCUUCUAGUUCUGACAAAGCUGUUGACAGAUUGCUGCGAUGGAUUAGUUUAGUGUUGCCUUUCUUGGCAUUAAUGAGUAGUACACAGUGCAAGACCCUGCUUGGUUGUGACAUUUGCAUCUGAACUCUAGGAGGCACUAUGAUUUGAACUAUAAUUUCACUCUGAAACUACGUCAACAGAUCGACAUCACACCACAUCACAGUUUCCAGGGUUAUAUCAUUUUAGGAUUGCAUUUUGUAUGAUGCUUUGUAUUUUCCUUUAUGUUACUUUGGAAGAAUGAUAAAUAACCUUAUUGUCAGACAGUAAGUAGAACCUGUGGUUACAUAUUUAAAGCCACAGGGGCCAAAAAAGUGGUGAGGUUUAUGCCCACUGAAUAAUGGCAUAAUGGGAAAGAAUUUAUCUGAAAUUAACAGCAGAAAUCCUCUUGAACUUUUUCAAAUUUUAGACAAGAAAAAAAAUCUGGUUAUAAAAUAACAGGGAUACCAGUCGUAGCAGCAAACUCUUGGAAAACUAGACUCUAUACAGAUGGAGCCGUGAGAUUAACAUUUGCAGGGAAUGGAUUGAGCGCCCUGCCUGGCAUAAUAUAAAUAAAAAUUAGAGGGCACCUCUCACGGGCCCCUCUUAGAAAUGCCAGAGGGUUAGGACAGAUGGGCAGGACUAGCAGGACACUUCAUCUCUAAUGCUGAGCCCCACAGAGCUGCAUGUUGAAGACUGUUCCCAACAGAUCAAAAGGUUUGGACAUCAAGCUUUCGAGAUCGCACUCUAGAGCACUGUUCUGCCUCUCUUCACUGAGUAAAUGUCUAGGAGAGGACACAGAUGGUUUCUCAUCCUGUAACUGCCUUUCAGAAACUUUGUAUUUAAACGAUUUAAAAGAUUUGUAUGUAUAAGAUAAUAAUAAACCAGCUUCUAUACUGGGUAAACUUCAAAUAACCUUCAUGUAGG